UAACACCUCAACUCCUCACAGUCUCAAGUACUAGUGCUUUCUUUUGCAGUAUUUUGAGACCUAUCUCUUUGCUUACCUUUUCUUCUUUCUUCAACAAACAAUCAUGGGUUUUCGUUUUCCCGGUGUAGUUCAAGCCAAGCAACUUAUUCAGAGGCCUUUUUCUAGUGCAAAAGAUGUUCCAAAAGGGUAUUUGGCAGUUUAUGUUGGGAAGAGCAAAAUGACAAGAUUUGUGAUCCCUGUGUCAUACUUGAACAAUUCUUCAUUCCAAGAAUUGCUAUGUCAAGCUGAAGAAGAAUUCGGGUUUGAUCAUCCAAUGGGAGCUCUAACAAUUCCAUGCAAUGAAGAUACUUUCAUCAAUCUUGUUUCAAGCUUAAAUGUCUGAUGAUGAGUGUAGAUUGAUGCUAACUACUAACAAAAAUGAUCAAUUGUUACAAUUUUGUAUGGCAAAGAUGCCAACACCAUGUAAAUAUUUUUUUCUUGGGGACUGAAAUGAAAAUGCUCUCUGGGAAUGAUACAAAUAUGAAUUACUUUUCUUCAAUGAAUUGUUUUAUUUAUGAUUUAAUCUG